AAGUAUCCGAAGCAGACGUCUGGACCGUCUGAAUAACAAACAUUCAUUCGCAUCUAUCAAAACCGGGCAAGAAGUGGAUGUGAAAACGUGUGUAAAAAUAAAUGCGAAAUAAAAUUUUCAUCGAAAUUAGUUGAUUAGUGUUAGGAUCUCCAAAAAUGCCAAUUCUAUGCACAACAGGAUGUAAUAGGAAAGCUUUCCUGAAGCGUCCAAAAACAGGCAACACACUUUGCAGAGAAUGCUUCUUUCUGGGCUUUGAAACCGAAAUUCACAAUACAAUCGAACAGAACAAACUCUUUCAUCGCGGUAACGUCGUUGCCAUUGCUGCUAGUGGCGGAAAGGACAGUACAGUGCUCGCUCAUGUGCUCAAAAUAUUGAACGAGCGAUAUGAAUACGGUCUGAAACUGGUGCUUCUUUCGAUCGACGAAGGAAUAACUGGAUACCGAGAUGACAGCUUAGAGACGGUGAAAAGAAACCGUGACGAUUACGGCAUGGAAUUGAAAAUAUUAUCUUAUGAAGAGCUGUACGGAUGGACAAUGGACAAAAUAGUAUCCAAAAUAGGUCGAUCUAAUAAUUGUACCUUUUGUGGUGUGUUUCGACGUCAGGCUUUAGACAGAGGAGCACGCUUAUUAGAAGUAGAUUGCGUUGCAACUGGGCAUAACGCUGAUGACAUUGCAGAAACGGUGUUGAUGAAUAUACUUCGAGGAGAUACCGCUCGCUUGCGUAGGUGUUGCGACAUAAAAACCGGAGGAAACGAUGCAGAUUCUAUACCGCGUGUCAAGCCCUUAAAAUAUGCCUACGAAAAAGAGAUAGUAAUGUAUGCUCAUUUCAAAAAACUGGCUUACUUCUCAACGGAAUGUGUGUUUGCACCAAAUGCGUACCGUGGACAUGCGCGAGCCUUUCUUAAAGAUUUGGAAAAAGUUCGACCCUCUGCAAUAAUGGAUAUAAUCCAUUCUGGCGAACAAUUGUCUUUUAAAGAUACGGUGAAAAAACCAUCAAGAGGAAAAUGCAACAGGUGUGGCUUUGUAUCUUCCCAACAACCUUGCAAAGCAUGUGUACUUCUGGAAGGACUAAAUCGUGGAUUACCCAAAUUAGGUGUUGGGAAAAAGUCAAAAGCGAACAGAAUGAUUGCUGCUCAGGACAGUUUACGCCAGAGUGCGAAUUUGGUGAAAACUGAUUUUUGAUGAUUUAUGGAAGUUAUAACUUAUAAUUUAUAAAUGCUUAAGAUAAUGUUCAUAAUAUAAAAUGAGUCCAAUAACAAGAGCUUAACCAAUAAUUCAGUUAAUAAAACUAACGAAUGUAAACCAUA